AUGGCGGACACACCACUAAGGGAUACGAUACCACUAGAGGAAGUGCAGUUACAGAAUGGUCUCUUUAAGCUUCCUUAUAGAGUUGUUUUUGCUGUUGCUACUUUGAACUCUCUGUAUGUCUAUGAUACAGAAAGUGUUCCUCCAAUUCUAGUCCAUGCUGGUCUACACUAUGCUGCCAUUACCGAUAUUGCAUGGUCUUCUGAUGCUAAGUACUUGGCAGUGUCAUCACGAGAUGGCUACUGUACUAUAAUAGAGUUUGAGAAUGAGGAACUGGGAGAGCUUCACAUCCUCCCUGGAUCAAAGGAAGUUGCUAAAGGGACUUUGACACCUGAGACCAAGAAGCCUUUGACACCUGAGACCAAGAAGCCUGUAUCUGCAGAUAGCAUGAAUGUUGAUAUUAGUGCCAGCAAGCUUAAGAUGGAAGCCAGCCCUGUGGCUGUAGGAGUUAGAGCACCACUGCUGCCAACCGAGAACAUCACAAGAACAGGGGAGCUUGCUGAAGGAAAUGUGACCUGUGAAAACAAGAAGCCGGUAACAGUAGACAGUAUGGAAGUAGAUGUCGAUGAUAACAAAGUCAAGGAGGCAACCAUUCCUGUGGCGGCUGAAGUGACACCGCCACCAGUACCGACAAAGAACAGCGCAUCAAGUAAGCCUGCUAAGAGGCGAAUUACUCCUAUCGCAAUCAACUAA